AAUCAGGAAUUAUUUGACGAUCAAAUUAUCAAACAUUAAUAAUAUUUUUCGAUCGUUCUAAAUCGAUUAUGUACUACAAUAAAUAGAUAGAGACACGCGAAGGUCAAAGGACCUGUACAGCUAAUUCCUGCGGAAAACAAUCGAUCUUUUGACCAUUAAUUGCCAUCCAUGAUGGAGUUGCAACAUUGAUGAGGUUGAAUAGUAACAAUUUUAAGCUCCGAGUCAGACUCAUCAAUGUUGCAAAUUCUCCAUUUGAUAUUGUCUGCAUUGUCGUGUAAUUUACUUCAUAAUAAUUAUCGACGCAUUAAACAUUCGUAGGUAACAUGAAAGUGUCAGCUGCCAAUUGUCCCAGAGACAUUAGAAACAUAGUCGAAUCCUAUCUAUUGUAUAGUGUAUUAGUAUAGUGUGUUAUUGUCUCGAUAUGUGUAUGUAUUUGUAUGAAUGCAUAAGAUAAAAGUAAUUGAAUCUUGUAAAAUAAUUUGUUAAUUGAGAAAAAUUUAUAAUAUUUGAAAAUAUUAUAAUAACAUAUACAUAUCAAAAUUUAAAGUUUUAAAAAAUUAGAAUUGUUUUGAGAAAACAAUUUGAAGAAAAGGAUUUCGUCUAUGUAUUAAUUCAAGCUACAUAAUGAAACAAAAAAUAUAAUUAAGAAAAAGAGUUUUUAAAAACGUUUGUUUCGUAAAUAGUAAAAUUCGUCAGUAACAAUUUUCAACGCGACACCGAUGUUAAUCUUCCAUCAUUCAAUCAUGCAAGAUACGAGAAAAGUCCAUUAUAACAACAGAUCUAAAGAUUAAGGUCGUGAUAUGAGCGUAAGGCUGAGCCAUUAUCGGUUGUGCCGUCAUCCAGGGAUUGGCCGAUCAGAGCCAAGCUUUUGCCUUGCUUGGCCACUUAAAAUACCAGUCAACUGUUCACCCCUAAUGAUUCAGGGGCGGAACAAUCGUUUGUUUCCCUAGUGCGCAUGUACGGAGAGGCGGAACCACCCCUGGUGGCGACGAAUUGCACAUCCUUUUGGUGAAAAGAUAUACGGUAAUAAAACACGUGAUAUGAAACGUCAACAGGCUCGACAGGAAGUUGAGGUCGUGACGCGAAAGAAGUUUGAUCACGAUAUUAUUGUUCUAGAUAUUAUUAUUCAAAGUGAAUGUGAAAAAAAAAAAAUUAAUUCAUGAAAUGUUAAGGAAGAGUGAAAUAUUAGAAAAAAGAAAUUAGUAGUUUUUUUAUUUCAUAACGAAUGAAAAUCAUCAAAAUCAAACAAUUAAGAAGAAACUGUGAAUUCAUGUGGAUGAAUAAAAAAAGUAUUUUCGAUGAAUAUAAGUACAUAAGUUGCAUGUUUUAAAAUUGAUUAAAAUUGGAGUGUUAGAUAGAAUGUUUUUAAAAUGUAUUGAAUAAUUUAGGCAUAAUUAUACUGAUACAUUGGUGAAGAGAAAAUGAUUUGACCAUAUUAAAGAGUGUUGCACAUAGUUUUUUUAGUGUUUAUGGAGUUUGAAACUAUUUCUUUUAAAGGAAUGAGUUCCCACGCGCAUGCAAGAACAAUCUGUAGCGGAAGCGCAGUAACAAGUGCGGUUUCUGCAUUACAUUUCUUAAAAAGUUAUAGUCUAUUCACGCCGACUUCAGACUUAUGCAGAUAUGAGCCAUAUAAUUCUAAAGACUACAACUUUGGAAAUAUCGACAUUUUAGAAACACACCAGACAAACACACCAGAUAUAACAAUUGGCCGGACAUCAUCGCCAUUAACACCCUCAUCUUUAUCAACAUUUUCACUUCCAGGAUCUCUACUUCAACCACCGUUCUUAUCUACAAUUCCACCUUUAAUGCAAUCUAUAAAUAUGCCUCCAACGUUUUCCAAUAAUAAUACAAGUAACAUGGUAAGUCGUCAUUUUUUGAGUGCGAAUAGCAUCACAAACAUUCAUAAACGACCUAGAAGUGAAAAGAAACCGAUACCUGAUGAUCAAAAAGACGAAAAAUAUUAUGAAAGACGUAAACGUAAUAACCAAGCUGCAAAGAAAUCUCGAGAUGCUCGGAAAAUUAGAGAAGAUAAUAUUGCAUUGCGAGCAACUAUAUUAGAGCAUGAAAAUGCAAUUUUAAGGGCGCAAGUGAUAACUCUUCGUGAAGAAGCGCAAUGUCUUCGACAUAUGUUGAUUAAACAACAAACAUCACCGCUACAAUCCAUUAAUCGGUCGAUUUCUUCGAUAACACCUGUUACAUUAUCACCUUCUCAUUCAACAGCAACUUUAGAUUGCCAAAUUUGAAGUAUACUAUUAAUAGAAAAAUGUCAUAGCUGACAUUUUUGGCAAUCAAAUAAAUAUUUUUUAAUAACUAUAUAGGAAAAUAUACUGAAUUUAUAAAGUGAUAUUAAAUUAUUUAGAUUGUUGUGUUAAGGUUUUUUAAAUUUUAUUAAAUUUACAUAUAGAUAAUAUAUGU